AAAACAUAUACAGCUAAUCUUUUUUGACAGAAGCGCACGGAGAUAAAAUGUUAUUUGUUAAAUAUUUUUUUGUAAAUAUUUGCUAAAAGAGUAAUUGUAGAAUGUGAUCACAAUGGGCGGUUGCAUCGGUAUAACUAGGAGCAGAAGCGGGCCAAUAGAAGAAUCCUCGGGAACGGUGUCACGUCCCAAUUCUGGCGGGUUGAGGAAGAAUCAGUCGCUCUGCCACGAGACGAUAAGGUGGAAAUCGGACGUGCCAUUGACCGAAGGACAGUUGCGGAGUAAACGGGAUGAGUUUUGGGAUACAGCACCAGCGUUCGAAGGUCGGAAAGAGAUCUGGGACGCACUGCGGGCGGCGGCGGUGGCGGCCGAGGCGAUGGACUUCCAGCUAGCGCAGGCCAUCCUUGACGGCGCCAGCGUGUCGGUGCCCAACGGAUACCUCACAGAGUGCUACGACGAGUGGGGCACGAGAUACCAGGUGCCGAUAUACUGCCUGUCGCCGCCCAUCAACAUGGUAAAGGAGGCGAGCGGACGCGACUCGCCGGCGGAGUGGUCGGAGCCGGUGGACGGCGGCGCCGAGCUGGCGCUGCGUCUGCGCCUGUCGCACACGUGCCGUGACGUCACGCUCAGCGCGUACUCGAGGCACACCGUCGCGCAGUGCAAGAAUAAACUGCACGCGCAAGAGAAUAUCGAGCCGUGGCGGCAGCGGUGGUUCUACGGCGGCAAAUUGCUUGGCGACCGCUUACUGCUGGAGGAGGCUCGUAUUACACCCGGCUACGUCGUGCAGGUCAUCGUCAGCACCGACCCGCAGCCGCCCAGCUAGUCGCCAGGACGCACCGGUAGGCAUCUUCGAUAUCCAACCCUGACCCGAAGGAUUUAGGUUCAGUUUGAAGUGCAGCGUUCUCUUGCAAUAGUAUACAGCUCCUUUUACAUCUUUGAUAAAAUUCUACUCUGAUACAAAGGAUUUAGGUUCAUAUUCCUUGCAUAAGGUUUCGUUUACCGACUCGCAGCCGACCAGCUAGUCGCCAGGACGCACCGGUAGGCAUCUUCGAUAUCCAACCCUGACCCGAAGGAUUUAGGUUCAGUUUGAAGUGCAGCGUUCUCUUGCAAUAGUAUACAGCUCCUUUUACAUCUUUGAUAAAAUUCUACUCUGAUACAAAGGGUUUAGGUUCCAUAUUCCUUAUAAUAGAGUGUUUCGUUGACUGACCCGCAGCCGCCCAGCUAGUUCACAAGACACACUGGUAGGAAUCUUCGAUAAUAAAAUUCAACCCUGACUCGAAGGUUUUAGGUUCAGUUUGAAGUGCAGCGUUCUCUUGCAAUAGUAUACAGCUCCUUUUACAACUCUGACAAAGGAUUUAGGUUCAUAUUCCUUGCAAGGGUUUAGGUUACUGACCCGCAGCCUCCCGAUUCGCCAUCUGGUAGGCAUCUUCAGUCAACCCUAACACAAAGGAUUUAGGUUCAGUUUGAAGUGCAGCGUUCUCUUGCAAUAGUAGACGAAGGUUUUCAAAUUAGAUUUAUUCUAAGUACAGCUUAUUCUUUUAAUAGAAUAGAAUUUUUUGGUCCGCUAAUUGGUGCAGGACAUCGUUAGCAUCAACUUUCGAAUCUUUGCAAAUGUAACGCUACUAUAAAGAAGUAAGGUUCAUUUUAAAGGCUGUUAACGUCUAUACAAAUAUUUAGGUCGCUGUGUUACAUUACAUUUGAUAUACUAUUGCAAGAUUGCUCUCUAUAACUUAUUUUCAUUCAAUCAUUGUGUAUAAUAUUGAUAGUGGCAAUAAAAUUCUUUAGGGUUGCCACUUUAUAAAUAUCGUAGAUAGCGCACUUUACCAAUGAUAAAAGUAGUAUUUCUUGUUUCUUUAGUCUUAUUCAAUGUGUAGCAGAAAACGUUAGUACUCAUGAAAAAAAUAAAUAGAUUCAACACCAUUUUAGCUUAUGGCUGUUUUAUCCCUUCUCAUAAUACUGAUUACUCUGUGAUAAAAGAAAUAAAAUAAUAAAUAGUCAGUUCAAAAGGUGAUGAUGUUAACAAAGUUUCCAUGAUAUCGGGACUGAAACAUGUUGCUAUUACAAAUAUUUAAUACGCAAAAAGAACUAUUUUUAUCAUUGGGUCUUUAAAAUUUUAAAUAUGUAGAUGUCUACCAAUAAAGCUAAAAGCCAUUCACGUUCAGGACAUUAAUCUAAAAUAAAUGUAACUGAUCAACAAAAAAAUAUAGGAUUCGAUUAAAUUGUUGUUAUAAAAUGUGUAAUUGAAAUAAUGCAAAUUGCAAAAACACACCACUACUGAUAUUUGAGCUUCAUUAUUUAUUUAUUCGGAUGACUAUAAAGCUAUUUUUUUUUAUUUCUUGUCUUUUGUUUAUGGUCUGUGGCUACAACUUAUAUGACGUAUUCACGUGUUGCCAUACUGAGAUUCGGAAAACAAAAUUGAAUAAAAACUAGCAUAAUCAAUUUUUUUCUCGAUUCCUAACAGUCUCGAAAGUAAUAUUGCAUAUUGCAAUUCAAUUACAUGUCAUACAUUAAUAUUUAGUUAGUAAUAUUUUAACACUACAAAUUAUUUUGAUAUUUAAAUGUGUACAAUAGUGCUUCAGUUACAUACAUUGGAUGUAAAGAUUAUUUUCCUAAAAAUAAUUUGUUUUAUUUUCUAUUUUAUUAUAAUGGGGUUAAUUUUUUAUCUCUAUUUUGCGUUAGUUUGUUUUGUAAUCUGUUGUUAUUUAAUAAAUGUUCGUGCGUCUACUCCGCAAAACGGUUUCGAUAUAAUUUGAUCUCUGUCCCUCUCAUUAAUAUUCCAGUGUGAGUGAGAGAGACAAGGAUAAUCGAAUGUUCCAAAAUCUUUCUGCGGAGUAUGUGCUUUUGAAAUAAUGCAUUAUCGAUCGUGGGAAUAAGUUUUAUUUGAUUCAAAACUCGUUACAAAAAUCUUUUAAUCGUUCCCUCGUUCUAAAGGUCCGUAUGUGACUUCCUGUGUUGUGCUUUCAGUCACAAAUAACAGUGCUAAGGUCAUCAUAUUACCAAUUGUUCUUAAAUCUAAAAAAUGCCCCAAAGUAGUUAAUAAUAUCUUGGGAUGACUGCAUUAAAUAAGUUUGUACUAACUACUAAGGCCUUACUCCGUAAAACUAUUAUAUUAUUCGAUUACUUCUGUCUUUUUCACUCAAACUAGCAUAUUUCAUGAGCGAAUGAGACGAGCGGAGUCGAUAACAAGUUUUGCGAAGUACGCCCCUGCUAUAACGACUAUAAAAUCAAAUAUGUAUGUAUGUAUGUUGUAUGUGCUCAUACAUGACUGUCUACAUUGAGUGUGAAGUGAAUGAUUCUGUACUUUUAGUUAGAUUUAAUACAACACUCAUUAUUUAUUGAGAGGUAUGUUAUAAAAUUUGAAUGGCUCAUUAGAUUUCUUGUAAUAAAUUCAAUAAUGAGUGCUCACUGUGUAUUAUUAGUCUCUCUCGCUCUCGGACAUUUCCUUUUUCCUAGUACAGUUAGCGUGAAAAAUAGUUUAUGACAAAAGUAUACUUUUGCCUGACUGGCCUAGACGACUUAAACCAAAGCAAAAUAUUAACUUAUUAUAUCUACAUAAGUUCCUAGUGUAUGCUUUUUAUUCAGACGUCAUUUUAAUCAAAUGAUGUUAUGCGGAAGGGAACCAGUUUUCAUUUUAUUGUUAUCGAUGGCCACAUUUGCUUAGAUUACACAGUGAGCACCCUAGACUCAGUUAAAUCAUAAUAUAAAUAUUAUCUUACGUAUGAUGCGAGCGACGGGUUACUUUUGUGUGCGCUCGGCAAGGGGUGUAUAGUUUUUAUAUUAUGUCGGGUUGUAUGUCGCCGAGUGUACACGUCGCCUGUUAAUAAGUUUUGCAGAAAUUAUGUCACAAAGUUAACAUUUGCACUGCUGUUAUUUUUUAAUAUAACACUAAAUCUUAUAACAUUUUGUUUUAUCACUCGUCGCUUGGGUAGCGGAGUGAAAAAGUAUAUGUAUGAAAAAUCAUACUUAUCUUGUAUUAAAGCAAUGCAAAUUAAUGCUUGUAAAUAGCCAGGUAAUAACGCUUGUAAAUAAUAUUGCACAUAACAGUACAUAUACCAAAAUUGAUAUUAUUGUUUGUGACAUAAUUUUUGUUCCCUUUCUAAUAGUUGCGCGCGCGCAAUGCUGCGACUGCCAUGUAUUGUGAUGUUGUGAGAACUUUCUUAAUACUUAAUAAUUAUAACAUAUUUUUUAUUUUGAAUAUUUUAAUCAAUCCUAGAUUUUAAUUUUGUACACGGGUGUAGCGACGCGUGCGGUUUUUAGUAGUAAAGUUUUAUUUAUUAUUUUUUAUUAAUAAUAUUUUAAUAACCAAAAUCAAAAUUUAAAUAGCAUGUCAGAAUAUUUAUAUCAUUAACUGCACGACUGUGUAACUAUAGGUACUCAGACUACCCUUAUUUCAUAGCUUAUAAUAAAGUCGCACGCGUAGCAAUGCAACGACUGUGGCGCGGACUGAUAUUUUUUUUCGCUUUUCUAACAUUUUUAUAGUCAUUUGCUAUAACUUAAGAACUGCGAGCUAUUAAGCUCAUCAUGACCUAAAG